GACUGAACUUUGACUUUACUUUCAUUUUCUGGGUGAGGAAGACAGACUCAGAGCAAAUAAACCCAGAGCGACUGGUUCUGCUGGGUCCGCUCCAUUCAGGGUCGGAUCCUCCUCCUCUGAUGGGGGAACCUCUGCUGAAGGUGACCCAGAAGGCUGGUGAUUCUGUGAGCGGACCGGUCCGGACCCUCAGGGUGAAGAUGGUUCUGCUGGGAAGCUCUGGAGUCGGAAAGUCCAGCCUGGCUUUGAGAUUCGGAGAGGAUCGCUUCAGGAACACGUCUCCCACUGUGGGCUGUGCCUACCUGACCCAGCUGGUCCACCUGAGAGAUGUCUCGCUCCGCUUUGAGAUCUGGGACACGGCAGGGCAGGAGAAGUACCACAGCGUGACGCCGCUGUACUACAGAGGAGCCCACGCCGCCCUGGUGGUCUAUGACAUCAGCAGCAGGGACACCUUCAUCAGAGCCCAGCUAUGGAUCCAAGAGCUGGAGAAGCAGUACAUCCCAGGAUCCACCGUCCUCUGGCUCGUAGGCAACAAGGCAGACCGGGAUCAGAACCGGCAGGUUUCAACUCAGGAAGGACUGGGUCUGGCCGGUUCCAGAGGUCUGUCCUUCACAGAGACCUCGGCCCUGUCCGGGGAGCGGGUCAGCCAGCUGCUGUCAGCUGUGGCCCACAGGGUCUACGAGUCCAUAGGAGAGCAGCAGGGAGGUCUGUCCGAGUGGAAGGAGAACCUGCUGCUGGACCAGAACCAGAACCAGAACCAGUCCUCCUGCUGUAGAGCUGGACCCUGAUCUUCUCAAUCUGGUUUCAACCGGUUUAAAGCUCAACUGUAGAUUGUUGUUCUGGUCAAAGACGACCAGAACCCGACCCGC